UCUCCACUCCCACUCCCACCUCCGCCGCCACCAGCCGGCGACCAUGGCGGAGGAGGCCGCGGCGCCUCUCCUCCACGGGCUCCCAGAUGAGAUCGUGGUAUGGGAGAUCCUCAUCCGCCUCGACCCCAAAUCCCUCCUCCGCUGCCGCGCAGUCCGCCGCGCCUGGCGCUGCGCCACCUCCGCCCGCCGCUUCCUCCUCGCCCACCACGCCCGCCAGCCAACCCUCCCCAUCGUCUUCGGCGACAGAUACCGUAACAUCCUUGCCUUGGAUCACCGGGCCUCCGCUGACGCCCAACUCCACACCAUCGCCCGGCUUGACGAGGACUUCAUGCUGGAGGCCUCCUGCGAUGGCCUCCUCCUCCUCUCCAAGUUUGACCACAUUGUUGGCUUUCGCACCUACCUCUCCGUCUGCAACCCGGCCACGAGUCAGCAUGCCUCCCUGAGGCCACUGUCAGGUUUUGACAUCUUGGGGAUGUACCCACACAGCCCUACCGGUGAGUACCGUCUGUUACUGCAACGGAUGAACUACAUGGACUCGUCUGAAUAUCAAAUUGGCUUCUAUGUCUUUGGGUUGGGCUCCAACGAGGCACCGAGGUACAUCGGGUGCUCAGAGACCAAAUUAGCGUUGGCGUUCUUCAAUGUACCUGUCCGGCUGCGUGAUAGCUUGCAUUGGUACCCACUGGAGUACCGGACUGAAAGCGACCAUUUGGAGUAUGAAGAAGAAAGCAAACUGGUGGUAACAGUAUUCGACACCAUAGCUGAGUCGUUUCGGCAGAUGCGUGCUCCACUUGUUUCCACCAAUUCAUCUAUCUUUAAGGUGGAUGACAUGCUUGGCAUCUGUAACUGUAACCAGGCCUUGGAAAUUGUUGAUAUAUGGGUGCUGCAGGACUACCAAAGUGAGGUUUGGGACUUAAAGUACCGGAUUGAAUUGCGGCUCGACGAACUCACAAAACUCAGGGGGGAGCUUGAAGGCCUUGAUGGUGAUGGCAAUUGGAGUCUGACCGCUGCUUCGGGUGAUGGUGACGUGCUCUUGCUGGUCAGUUUCAGUCACUGGAGUUUUGGUCACUGGCUGUUUUACGUUGACACUGAUGGCGAACUGGUUGCUAGCUUCCAAGACUUAUAUGCCUGUAAACAUCGGUUCAAACAAACUCUUGUUCCACAUGAUUUGUUCACGACACUAGAAGGUCAUGCUGUGGGCGCCUCACCACUCAUUUGACGGGUGCUUCUUAACGGCAUAGUUUUCGUAUCCUCAUAAGCUGCAAUGUCUGUGAGUUGGAUCAAGUAUGAGCAUGCUGAUUUUUUCUCUUGUGUUGAUGUAUAAAAGGUUAUGAUCAGUAGUGACUCUUAUGUGGUUACAUAAAAUCUAUGCUUGUUUCGAUAUCCUUUCGGGAUGCAAGAAGUGACUGCUGCUUGCGUUGAUGCUAAAAUUACCAAGCCAUUUUGAUCCGCCUCAUGUCUCUGUUUUCUCGGGUUGAGUACUUGCUAUAUUCUAUUUAUCUAAUGUCUUCACAGUACUUGAUAUUUAUCAAUCUUUAUGCCUCAUAUCACUAUUUCUUUGACUGAAGAAUUGGUUUUACCUAUGGAUCUAGUGGUCUUCUUAAUAGUCAGUUUUUAGUGUGUUUCCUGUUUGUACCCUUUGCCGUAGCUGACAAUGGGAAGUGGCAGAUUUUCUCUUUGCUGACUUGCGAGCGGCACCUGACUUCUAGAAUGCUUUGGGGAACUGCUAGUUAAAUUGAAUUUUCCAUAUUGCAUCAUAAUAGUCAAUUUCUCAAAGAAGUGUCCUGUUAUAAUUUUGUUUUCUUCAUGCAUCUACCACUAUGAACUGUGACUCUCUGUGCUACUGGUUGUAACUUGUAACUAGGAUAUGAGCGCAGAUGGUGUGCUGCUCUCUCUAAAGCAAACUUGGCUUAUGUAAUUUGUGGGAGCUGAUGGUCUGUUCUGGGGCCAUUUUACGUGUCUGUCAUAAUAGGCUGUAACAGUUUAGUUUUAUCUCUUAUAGGAUUUGGACAUCUUUCACUCUAACAAAUGAUUCCAAAUCUUCUUGAUUUCUUUCCUAAAGAAUGAUUUUAGGUUAUGUUCCAAUGUCAUAUUCUGGACCUUUGCCCAAGAGCUAACAAUUCGGAGAAACGAGGGGAUAGGGCUGUUUUCCUAAAGAAUGAUUUAUUAUCUCUCAUUAUUUCAACUCAGCUGUUAACCACUUUGGAUAAAGGCUUCGUGUGAUGCUUGUAGCACAAUUGCUCUUAAUAACUUCAGCUGUACUUGAAAGUUUUUGCUUGAGUCAACCAUAAAUGCCCCCUAAAGUUUAUGCCUCCUGGAACUGUGCUGACGUGGAAGGCGUGUGUGGGUCGCUCCCGGGCAUGUAGGCAUCGGCCUGCCGUCGAAGAGAUCACCUUGCUGCACGGAUGGAAACCUAUGCUGGCUAUCUCAAUUAUUCGGUUAUUUUCUUGCCGAUCCAAGUUCCAAAUCCACAGUAGUAUGUCAAGCUUGGUCUGUCUGCAACCUACUCUUUGAUCAACUCUAAGUUGAAUGUGAAAGUUGCCUGCCAGACUUGUCCUGUGCCUGAUUGAGAGCGACAUCGUUCACCAGUAGCUGUUUGUCUGAUUAUAUGUGCAUUCCUGCUUUACCUCUUGUUUACAACUUCAAUAUAUAUCUUCAGGUAAGGAAAAUAUGCUCACCCUUUUAGUAUAGCUUGUGUUUGUGAACAAAACGAUACACCGAUGAUGCAGGUGAUGCAGAAUAGUGUAAUAUGUUACUUUCUUCAUUUAUUCUUUGUUGGAUUUCUUUGUUACUGCAGAAAAGUCAGCUAGAUGAGUCUGGUAGAUUCAGAUGUUUACAUACUAUUUUUUCUAUGAAGCAAAGUUGUUUAGAACUCAAUCUCUAGAGCUCAAAAUGUCUUUGUAAUGUGGCAACAGUAAGCUUGCAGAGAACUGUAGUUGAAAGUAACAUGAACGAUUCUGUUCCCUGUGGGCUUUGGUUCUGCAGAUAACAGUAGUUGAAAGCAAUAGUAAGCAUGCAGAGAACAGAAUUCUGCUUCUACGAUUGAACCUUUGAAGACAUACCGUGCCUCUGUUCCCUGUGGGCUUUGCUACUUUUGCAAUUAUGUUCUAAGCAAGAAACAGGUAUUGGAUUUGCUUACUGGUGAUCUAUGGAACUGAUGUAUGCUGCAGCCAGACUUAGAAAAGGUAUGAGUGUACUGUUUCAUCAAUUUUUGUAAUGCUCCUGAGCGUCGAUGGUUCACCCUUUGUAACCCUUUUGUAAUUUGUUCCUUGUUGGAUUUUUGGGUGUUGCUACCGAAACACAAAUUUGUUGGACAGUUGUUGUGAAGAACUUAUAAGUUGUACUUUCCAUAUAUAAGUUGCAGAUGCUUUCCAUACAAAUGUUCCGAACAUGGCUUGUUUUUGUUGUUUCUAGAUGGGUCCAGUAGAUUCAGACGUUUAGUUUUGCCGUGCAGGUGUUGUACUUCACAUUUACUAUAAUGCAUUGAUUGGAUCAUACUAUGAAACAAAGGUGGUUUUGAAUUGAACUCAAUCUUGAGAGCUCAAAACGUUUGUGUGAUAUUGCAACAGUAAGCAUGCAGAGAACAGUAGUUGAAAUGAAAGUAAGAUAGACGAGUGGAUGAGCUAUUGAAUGGCAGGUACAUGCACAACUACACUUCUCACCCUAACUCUAUAAAUACUUCUUCACUCCCAACUGCUGCAUCAAGUCUGGGUUCCUUCUGAUUGAGUUGGGAAACUGUAGUUUACCAUUCAGCAGCAGUUUAUCUUCUUUUUAUCUUACCGGUUCAGAAGUUUAUCUUGGCGAGAUGGACCCGCAUGGGCCUGGAGGAGGACCGGGUUGGGGAGGCCCUGCAGGGUGGGGCCCAGGAGGGUGGGGUCCGGUUCCACCUGGUGGGCCUGGGUUUCCUGGUGGCCCUGGCCCUGGUUUCUGGGGGCCUGAGUUCGGUGGGUUCUUCGGAUCCUGCUUCUACCUCCUGUGCUGCUGCUGCCUGCUCCAAGAUUGCUGCGGUCCUCUGUUCGGACACCCGGGCCCUGGCGGUCCGUCGCCUCCUUUCUAGCCUGUGGAGCUGCGGGUCAUAUCCACCACAAGAAACAAUGCACUUGAGAACAAUUUCUAGACUAUGUAUCCGCGGAAACGCAGUUGUGUGAAGAUAUUGAAUCUUGGGAGUUCCCCUUGCUACUAUGUAAAUACUACUGAAAAGCAUACUCAUUGUCUUAGUAGUAUCUAUCCUGGAGAUCAUUAUUUCAGUCCUAGUUUUCAUAUCCUCAUGAGCUACAAUGUAUGAAUUGGAUCAAGUAUGAACAUGCUGAUUUCUUCUUUU